CUUCCAAGUUCACGUUGGCUCUCCGUGGGUUGUGACGUCGUCACGGCACCCGCCUCAGCCUCAGGGCUUCAACUUCAAGCAAAGCAGCGCACUCAUCCAGCUCAUCCUUCGCCACCACAGCCGAGAAAGGAGAACGCCCUAAUCAGGGGGGCUAGCAGAUACUGAGAUAGAAGAGUAUCCUAGAAAGACGCGCGUGGCGCCGGUGUGGUUGCCCAACGACUCUUGUUGAAACAGUACUGAACCAAGAUUGCUGGUCAGAAAGUUCAUGCAGACGCCGGUGGUUGCUGGGCUCUGAGUUGCAGUGCAAGGGUCACUACCACUGGAUGGUCGUCUCCUUUGGAAUCAAAGUUACAUGCCUGCAAUUUGCAUUCUGGCGAGGGCAUCUGCCUGAAGCUGCUGCUUUGGACGAAAAAGUUCUGGCUGUUAUCUGCACCCACUUGUAAAGCUUUGAGAAGCUCUGAGAGAUGGCUCGUUCCCGCUCAAGGUCCCGCUCUCCUAGGAGAGACCGGAUACGUGACCAUGACGGUCGCGGCAGAGACCGUGAGAAGGAGCGAAGCAGUCGGAGGGACCGGGACACUGACCGGGACAAGGACCGCCGACCACGGCGGGAUGCAUCUCCAGGACGAAAAAGGCGCUCACGAACUCCCGAGCGUCGCGCCCGAUCGCGCUCAGACUCGCCCCCACCACGGCGGAGGAGUGUCUCGGUCGACCUGAAAAAGACGAGGGAAGAGAAAGAGCAGGAUCGGUUGGAGCGGGAGGCGGAGGAGAGGGAACGCGUAGAACGAGAGCGGAAAGAGCGAGAGAGGCGGCGGGGGGAGGAGGAGAGGCGCGCGGGAGGGGAGGGGCCGAAGGGGAAGAAAACGGAAAGGCCGCAGGCUGAGGAAGAGUACGACUUUCAGGACGUGUUUGAGAUUGGGGGGGGGGACAAGGUGGCGAGCUUUAUCGAGGAGGUUCGGGAGCAGAGCGCGCAAGAAGCAGAGGUCGAGCGGAGACUGCAGGAAGAGGCGCAGAUGAUGGCGCUCAUGGGCUUUCCGGGGGGCUUCGAUACCACCAAGGGGAAGUAUGUCGAAGGGGCCAACCAUAGUGCGGUAAAAGUGACAACGAAGCGGCAGGCCCGACAGUUUAUGAACCGGAAAGGAGGUUUCAAUCGACCGUUGCCAGCUGAAAAGAACAAGUAGGUGUUCAAGAGUUUGGCUAGCUAUAGCUGGUUUGUAAAGCAGUCCCAACGUGCGAGGUAUUGUUCCGAACCACUCACAAAGUUGGCUUGCAGGGAUUCUUAGUUGGGAUCUACAACACCAUGCCGCCUUCAAAAGGUACUGCACAUAUGGCUUGCUAACCUACAUCGUUGACCACGUGCCGCCAGUUAUUGAUG